ACGCUAAUAGUUAACUUAAUUCGAUUAUUUUGUAAACAAGAGAAUGACAAUUGAGACAUGGCAACUUGGGUAACAAUAAAUAAAUAUAUCGUUUGGCGUAUAUUUCAAAAAGUCAAUCAAAUUCAAAACGUAACUCAAAAUUCUCAGCAUAAAUGGCUACAUCGGAGUGUGAACAGUUCAGAUGCGCCCUAAAAGAUAUCGCCAAUCAUGUUCACUUCAUCUUAAGUCCUUAUGAUAGGGUAAGAUGCGUAGAAUGGUGUCGGAAAUUAAUUAAUAUCCCAGAAGACACGAUUGAACAGUGUAAAUUAAAGAAUGAGUACGUGCAAUUGUUGAGAAUUCAAGUCAGGAAUAGAUUUUUGCAUGGACCCUUCGCCAAACCUCCUUGCGAAAAUGAAAAUGUUAAACCCUUAGCCGAAGCUUUAGGACAAUUAUUAGCCCAAAAUAUACCGAUUUUGCCCCCAAGUGGACCAAUUCAGCCAGCAUUGCAUCACAAAUCUCCUGACGGUAGAGCUUAUGUUUCCGUAAAGCAGUUGCCCGGAGGUGGUGUGUUUUGUUACAUGGCUGUAACUCCGGAUUGUUCAUAAAAUUAUAUAUACACACAUUGGAAUGAUUUACUAAAGAAUUGUGAUGUGAUUUCUGACUGUUAGAGAAAGGAUGUAGUUUAAAACAAACUUGUUAAUUUUGAAUACUAUUGACAAAAUAAAGUUUUACACCUAAA